UGUGUGUGUGUGUGUGUGUGUGUGUGUGUGUGUGUGUGAUGGUGUUCAUUUACACAGUGAAGUCUUUAGAGAGCAUUCUGUUUUUUGAACUGGAUGUUCAAACUACAACGAAGAGACAAGAGAGACAGACACACAGACAGACAGACGAUGAGCAGCGGACAGUCUUUCUUUAAGAUGUGGAUCCUGAAGCAGGACGUUUUGCAGAGAGACGAGAGGAGGCUGUUCCCCCCACAGCUGAAGCAGCUGAUGGUGGGGGGGGUCCGAGCUGCACUGCAGGGAACCAGGAUGGCGUCUCUGCUGCCUCCUGUUGGUACUGAAACCUUCAGACGCCUCAAACUAGCCUCAAGAGAGCAGGUCCAGCACCAGGACCGGCAGACCACAGAGGUCACAAAGCUGGAGGCUGGGAAGCCCCUCCCCUUCUACUUUGGAGACCCGCCCCCAGAGUUUCUUAACGUCCCAUUGGAGGAGCUGGAUCCCUUCUACCAAUUGCAGAAGACCUUCGUAGUCCUCAGCAGGGGAAAUGUCCUCCACAGGUUUCACAGCGGUCCGGCUCUUUACCUGCUGAGUGCGUUCAACCCUCUGAGGAGAGUCGCCAUCCGGACCCUCACCCACUCUUUAUUCAGUUUGUUCAUCCUCCUGACGAUCCUGAGCAGCUGUGUGUUCAUGACGCUAAGCCACCCUCCAGAGUGGAGCAGGACUGUGGAACGCGUGUUCAUAGCCAUCUUCACGUUUGAAGCGGUGGUUAAAGUCAUGUCCAGAGGACUCUGUGCUGGACACUUCACCUUUCUCAGAGACGGCUGGAACUGGCUGGACGUGCUGGUCAUCUGCACCGGAUAUCUGACACAGUUUGUAGAUGUGAGGAUGUUUACCGUGCUGAGCUCAGUCACUCGUGUGCUGAAGAUCAUCCCAGUCCUCCCUGGUCUCAAGACGACUGUUGGAGAUCUCGUCCAAUCAGUGAAGAGACUCACUGGUGUCAUCAUUCUGGCGCUGUUUUUGCUUGGCCUCUGCGCUUUGGUUGGUCAGCAACUCUUCAUGGGAGACCUGAAGCAUAAGUGUGUGGUGUGGUCAGCAGAGUUAAUCGAACACCACAGCUCCCUGUACAACCACAGCUCCCAGUACAACUACAGCUCCCAGUACAACUACAGCCAGUACAUCAACAACAGAGCAAACAUGUACUUCCUGCCCGGUCAUUCGGAGCCUCUGCUGUGUGGAAACAGGUCUAGUGCCGGGGCCUGUCCGCUGGGUUACAACUGUCUGAGGACGAACGGGAACCCAGACUACGGAUACACCAGCUUCGACUCGUUCGGCUGGUCCCUGCUGUCUGUGGUCAGACUGGUGAGCAAGGACUUCUGGGAAAACCUGAUGCUGCAGGUGUUGCGAGUGGCAGGUAAAACCUUCCUCUGCUUCUUCCUGCUCGUUGUCUUCCCGGCUGGGUUCUGCGUCCUCGGCCUCAUGGUGGCGGUGGUUGCCAUGGCAGCCAGCGAGCAGCAGGAGGCGGCGGUCAGCGAGUUCAAAAAGAGAGAAGAAGAGUUCAGUCAGAUCGUGGAGGCCAUUAAGAGGAACGAGGAAAAGGAGGCAGCCUGCAGGGGGACGCUCCCACCGGGACAAGAGGGGGGGGCCAAGGAAAGCAUGGAAGGGUUGGGGAAGGUCCAGCACUCAUGUCCUGCUUGUUGCGCCGUCUGCGCAGACGUCCUCCUGAAGUGGAACUGCUGUGACUGCUGGCGGGGGCUCAAGCAGCAUCUCCAUGCCCUGGUGACGCACCCGCUGUUUGACCUCGGUAUCAUCCUCUGCCUCGUCCUCAACACCAUUUUCAUGUCCCUGGAGCAUUUCCCCAUGACUGUGGAGUUUGAAUCCAUGCUGAAUGACGCACAACUGGUCUUCACGGGGAUCUUCGCCGUUGAGAUGCUCCUCAAACUCGUGGCCAUGGACCCGUAUGGAUACUUCCAGGUGUCCUGGAACAUCUAUGACAGCAUCAUUGUCUUCGUCAGUCUGCUGCUCCUGAGCGACAUCAUCAACCUGCGUUUCCUCCUAUUGAUGCGGGUCCUCCGGCUGGCCCGCUGGUGGCCAACCCUUCAUAUGAUGAUGAAGAUCAUCUGGACGGCUGUGAGUCUUCUGAAGAACCUGACAGUCCUCCUCUUCAUCGUGGUCUUCAUCUUCUCCGUUGCUGGCAUGCAGCUUUUUGGGGAGAACUACAAAGAUCAGGUCUGUCGUAUCUCGGCAGACUGCAAGCUUCCUCGUUGGCACAUGACGGACUUCUUCCACGCCUUCCUCGUCAUCAUCAGAGUCCUGUUCGGGGACUGGAUCCAGGCCCUGUGGGACUGCAUGGAGGUCUCCAGCCAGCCCUUGUGUCUGAUGUUCUUCAUGAUGGUCAUCGUCAUAGGAAACCUGCUGGUCCUGAAUCUGUUCCUGGCCUUGUUGCUGAGUCCGCUCAGUGGUGAUAGUCCUUCAGGUCCAGACGUGAAUCAGAUCGCUUUGAGCCGAAUCUACAGGGCUGUUGGGAAUCUGCUUGGGAAGAAGGCCGGUGUUAACCCAGAGCUCACAGAGAGAGACACGCAGGAAGUGAACAGGAAGGAGCUACUGGCUUUAGACAUCAUGAUCAGCGGAGACCAUCAAGUGCCCGCGGAGGCGCCGGGACAGAAAGAGGAAUCAAAGUCUCCUGAAGGCCAUCAGCAUGAAGACCCUGAGGACUGCUGCAGCCACAAGUGUUACGGCUGCUGUCCCUUCCUGGUCGUAGACACGUCCCGUGGAGCAGGGAGGUUCUGGUCUAGCUUCAGGAGAGUCUGCCUCUGCAUCGUUCUGCACCAGUUUUUUGAGCUCUUCAUCAUCCUCAUCAUCGUGCUGAGCAGCCUGGCUCUGGCGUUCGAGGACAUUCACCUUCAUCAGUGGCCGCUGCUGCAGACGGUGCUGCGUCGAGCCGAUCAGCUGCUCACCCUCUUCUUCUUCUGCGAGAUGCUCCUCAAGUGGAGUGCUCUGGGACUCCGCAAGUACUUCAGCGACGGCUGGUGCUGCUUCGACUUCCUCGUCCUCCACGUGUUCCUGGUGUCUCUGGGUGCCGAGGCCUUUGGGUUUGUCUCUAUCGGGUUCUUACUGAUUCUGCGGAGCCUCCGAGCUCUGGGGCCCCUGAGGCUCCUGUCUCACUUCCAAGGUCUGAGGGUGGUGGUGUGCUCUCUGCUGGGGGGGGCCCCAGCCCUGCUGCCGGUGCUGCUGGUGGUUCUGCAUAUGCUGCAUGUUUUCAGCGUGUUCGGGGUGAACCUGUUUGCAGGGAAGUUCAGUCACUGUGUGAACGAGACAUCAGGACAGGUGUUUGCAGCUGGACAGGUGGACAAUAAGACGCAGUGUAUGGAACUGAUGUAUGAGAACCACUCCGUCCAAUGGAGGAACCGGGAGUUAAACUACGACGACGUCCUGAGGGCUCACCUGUCGCUGCUGCACCUGGGCGCCGCAGCAGACAACAUGGACGUCAUGUUCUCAGCGGUGGACGCCACCUGGAUUGAGUCUCAGCCCAUCUUAGGGGCCCAACCCGUCGCCUACCUGUACUACAUCUUCUUCGUCCUCAUCAGCUCCUUCUUUACCUACAAUCUCUUCAUCAGAGUCUUCAUCAACCACCUGCAGAGACACAAGUCAGGGAAACAGAUGUUCUACACAAAGCAGCAGCAGAGAUGUUUUGAGUCUCUGAAGAACCGAGUGCUGAGACCCACCAAAACUGUUCCCCGACCUCAGAACUGCCUCCAGGCUCGCCUCCUGGACCUGGUUUCCUCGGUGUGGUUCGAGGUGCUGGUAGUUUUGGUGAUCGGCCUGAGGCUGGUGGGCCUGAUGUUGGAGCAGGAUGAGAUGAGUAAUGAGAUGGAGGUCUUCCUGUCUUAUAUUCACCUCCUGGUCUUGGUCCUCUUCCUGCUGGAGUUCAUGCUGAAGGUCACAGCGCUCAGAAAGCACUUCUUCACCGACGCCCUCAACAUCAUGGACAUCCUGGUGCUGCUCGUGUGCAUCACUGGGUUCUUAAUGGAGGAUUACGUUAUCUUUUAUUUCUUCCCUCCCAAUAUCUUCCUCAUACUGCGAGCUAUUCAUGUUCUCCGUGUCCUCUGCUGGGCUCCGAGCAUCAGGAAGCUGCUUUUGGCCUUCAUGAUGUCAAUUCCUGCCCUGUUGAACAUCGGCGUCCUCCUUCUCCUCCUCAUGUUCACCUCCUCGAUCUUCGGCAUGUUGAACUUCGCCUUUGUGAGGAAGCAGGGGAUGAUCGACGACAUGUUUAACUUCGAGACGUUUGGGAGCAGCCUAUUCUGUGUGUUCAUGAUCUCCUCUUCGGCUUCGUGGGGCGAUUUGCUGAGUCCCCUCAUGAGGACGCCGCCGGACUGUGACCCUGACAUCCUUAACCCGGGAUCCGCCAUCAGAGGGGACUGUGGCAGCCCAGCCCUCGCCAUCGUCUUCUUCAGUGCCCACAUCUACCUUAGCUUCCUGCUGGUGGUCAACAUGUACAUCGCUGUCAUGCUGGAGGUCUUUGGCCCUGAGGUCGCCCAGAGGCUGAGCGACCACCACCUCGAGAACUUCUGCAAAACCUGGAGGAAGUUUGACCCAGAGAGCUCACAGUUCAUAGAGUACAACGAGCUGUCAGAUUUCUGCGAUGCUCUGCAGGAUCCUCUCAGGAUUCCUAAACCAAACAGCAUCAGACUGAUCAACAUGGACCUGCCUCUGCAGCCCGGAGACCAAAUUCACUGCGAGGACAUCCUGGUGGCUCUAGCGGCACAGGUGUGUGCUGACUCGGGGAACUCUCUCAGACUCAGACUGCAGGAAAGCUUUCCGUCAAAGGUGUCCUGUGGACCAAUUAGCAGCACCCUGCAGAGGAAACAGGAAGAGGUGGCUGCAGCCGUGAUCCAGAGAGCGUUCAGGAAACACACCGCCAUGAGACCCUAAAGACUCAAUCAUCAGCUUUAACGUGAGCGGGCACUCGGGUCGGCUCUUCAGCUUCCCCACCGAGCUCCAUAUAAACCCUAACCCAGGAAUACUAACUCUCUAUCAUGCUUUAGAUCCAGCUCCAGGUCUCUGCCUGCUCCGAUCCAGCAGGAGGCGCUGCUUGGUACAAACACUCUAUGCUCACUGACGGAGUCAUCGCUCUUACCCAAACCUUCAGAAUAAAAGAUCUUUACAGAUCCAACAGUAACAAAGAUUUGAAAUAUUGGGACUUUAUUCUGAAAUAUUGGGACUUGAAUAGAAUAAAAGAAUAGGCUCUGUGCACCAGCCCCGUGACGUACUUCCGAUCCGACCAGUGAUCGGAAGUACGUCACGGGGCUGGUGCACAGAGCCUAUUGAAAAAAUGUAUUGUAAUUGUACAAAAAUAUAAAGCAGAUAUUGGAGUGCAACGCUGAGUAUUUGAGUAUUACGAUUUUCUCCUAAAGUACAUAAUUCUAAUUCUGAAAGAAUAUCAACUUCAGUUUGAAAUAAAUUGAACCUGGAAUGAUUAACAUUUUAUAUUCAGGAAAAAUUACAACUUUAAAAUCUCAUCCAAUAUUUACAUUUCUUACAUUAGCAUGAGCAGGGCUAACGUUAGCAUUCAAGAUGAAGUGACAUCAUGAGAAUAACAUUCACAUUAAAAUCAUAAAGCAUGUAUUACUACUAAAGUCAUGAAGUAUUACUACUAAAGUCAUGAAGAGUCAUGAAGUAUUACUACUAAAGUCAUGAAGUAUUACUACUAAAGUCAUGAAGUAUUACUACUAAAGUCAUGAAGUAUUACUACUAAAGUCAUGAAGUAUUACUACUAAAGUCAUGAAGUAUUAAAAAACAAUUGAACUUUUUAUACAUUUUCUGUUUCUGACUGUUGAACUUGUCCAUUUAUGUGUAAAAUUAACAAACUAAAUAAAAGCAUCUGAAAGAA